CUCGGCCAUUGAGACAGGCUGUGUUGUCAGUCACACCAGGACUUGUAAUGCAUGCUCUGUACCGAGGUAUCGCUAUCACCUAUAUGUGCGCUCCGAAUGCGUAGAUAACCAGAGUCCCACUGUCACCUGAGUGACAAGAGAGGGGUGUUAUAACAGCCGUAUACGCGAUGGGGUUAUUCUCAAGUCUAGGACAAUGUGUGCUGGUUCUGUUGAACAUUAUUUUCGUGCUCCUGUCCCUGGUGCUGGUGGUGGUCGGGGUGAUCCUCAAGUUCUUCCCGGGCGUUCUCAUGCAGUUUCUGUUUGACGGAGUGAAGGGCAUCACCCACUUCAAGCUGCCUGACGGCUCCUCCGACCUCAACACCGUGCCCCUCCUUGACGAGCUGGGCCUGGCCGUCCUCAUCUUCGGCGUGGUGCUGUUCGGAGUGUCCUUCCUGGCCUGCUGCGGGGCCUGCUACAAGCUCAGGAUCUUCCUGGGGCUGUUCUGUGUGCUGGUCCUCAUCCUCAUCCUCUCCGUGGCUACAGUAGGGGGCCUCUUCUUCAACAGAGAUUCGCCGAUGCAUUCAAAGAUCAAGAACGAGUUCAAGAAACAGGUGCACGAUGACUACAAGGGACCAGAAAACACGGACGUAUUCUCCCUCCUCAUCAACAUCCUCUCCUACUCCCUGAACUGCUGCGGUAUGGCUGGGCCCGACGACUUCGACGACACGGCACCGUGGACCAACUACAACCUGACGAGUGGAGGGACGUUCCACAUCGACGUCACGCCCGCCUGCUGUGUCCACAGCUUCCUCGAGGCCAACGACCUCACGUGCGCUGUGAAGCAGCCUGGUGCGGGAUUUGAUCAGAACAAGACAAAUACAAUGGGUUGCUAUGACAAAAUUCUAGACGAGGUCCAUAACAACCAGAAAGUAGGCAUCAUCGGCAUCGUGGUGAUCAUUGUUCUUCUGGCUCUGGAGGCGGUGUUUGCAGUUGCUCUCAUCAGGAGCAUCAACAAGGGAGUCUCCCCUGUGUAACAGGUUGGCCCGUGCAAAUAGAUAUAUUAAUACUUCGUUGAUUGGCAAGGUUCUAUUGCGGGAGACAUCGAUCUUCACAGCAAAUGCCCGAAUAUUGAUCUGACAAAAUUCAAUGGCCAUAUGACUUUGUAAUAGGUCUACAUACUACAGAUGAGGCAGCGUUGUUGUUACAGACAACUCGCGUGGAUAAACCACAGAUUGACGGUCAGCCUAUAGGGAUCCCUGCCGGUGUUGUCAUUGUCUUACUGAGAUGGACCCUGCCCUGUCUUGCACUGUUCAUAUUCACCGGUUGCAUGCUCGCAUUUGUAACUGUAUAAAUAAAUAAAUAUUUUCUGAUAUA